CUAAAAAGGGGUUAAAAUUAUAAUUUGGAUUUUAAGCCCAACUUUUAUGUCAUCUUGUAGGAAAUAUUUUUGUGAUCGCGUCGGUUCAGACGGCUCGCGAAUCGGAGUUAUGGAACUCAAGUUAUGACCAUUUAAUCAGGACAUAGCAUGCAUCUUCAUCACAUUUAUCAUAGGUGUCCGUUGUCCGUGCAAGGGAAGCAGUUCCCUGCAGAUUUGAUAGAGCUACCACACAAGGAGUUUGACAUUAUCCUUGGUAUGGAUUGGCUCACCGAGCAUAGAGCAGUGGUCGACUGCAGUUGUCGGACCGUACGGCUGAGAGCCGAGGAUGGUAGCGACGUAUCACUCUCCAGGGAGGUGUUCCCCAAGGCUCCCGAGUUCAUAUCGUCCUUGAGCGCGAGGCGCUUGAUUCGCAAGAAGUGCGAGAUGUUCCUGUGUCACGUUCAGGAUAUGCGAAAAGAAUCACCACGUCAGCAGGACAUUCGUACGGUUUGCGACUUCCCCGAUGUCUUUCCCGAAGACCUACCUGGUUUGCCUCCGCCGAGAGAGGUAGAGUUCUCGAUCAAUCUCAUUCCGGGUCCAGCGCCGCCGACCACGGUUCCCAGUCUUCGAGCCGCGGUCGUCGCCGUCCAACUGGAGCAGCCAGCCGCCGGCGUCGCCGCUCAUCGCCGCCGUCGAUUGCAGCGCCGCCGAGUUGCAGCGCCGCCGCUGUUUCCUUCGCCAGUAGCCGCUGCCAUCAUCGCCGACGGGUGUAGCGCCGCCACGCCAAACGGAGGACGUCGCCAAACGCCGGACGUCGCUGUUUCGCCCUCGCCGGAAUCGAGAGCCGCCGUCGCCCGAGCUUCCAGUCGGUCGCCGAGCCUCGAGCCGCUGUCGCCCUUUGCACAGUGGCCAUCCGCCGCCGUCGAUUGCAGCACCGCCAGUUGCUGCUCAUCGCCGUCAAGCUGCCGCUACGCCACUGUCGCCGGCGUCCGUCACCGUCGCCGCAUCCGGCCGCUGCCCCGAGUUGAUAUCGCCGGCAGAUUAACUUCCACGCCGGAUUGACUGGUCGAUUUCGUAUUUUGACUCGAUUUGACCCGUUCGGUUGAUUUCGUUGACUUGUCUUCCGUUCGAGCUAUCAAUUCGAUUUCGGCGUAAUCCAGGUCCGUACUAUGAAGUUAAUAGCAUUUAGAAUAGAUUUAAUGGUUUGGA